UGCCUUUGACCCUUCUGAGCCGCCGUAGUUUGGAGUCCGGAAGCACCAUGGCUAUCGGGAAACUAAAAACUCUUUGCUAUAAAGAAAUUGGAAUGCCUCAACAUUAUCUUUCCUAGUGUUGAAGGAGUGAGGCCUAAUCCUCUGCGAUCAUACUCGAAAAUGUCAGGCCAAGAGGAAUCGGACAAGGGUGUGGACAUGUGGUCCUCUCUCCGCUGCCUGGGGUAUCUCUCCAGCUUCAACCUGCUGGUCGCUGUGUGCUUGGGAAUGUACGUACGAUGGGAGCAGACCUCAGAAUCCAUGAUUCUGGUCAUUUUCAUCCUGGGUUUGUUCGUUUCAGCUAUAGCUUGUAUCCUCUACUACUACUUUUCAAUGGAGUCGGCCAGUUUAUGUCUCUUCCACCUGUGGUUCGGCUUCUUGCAGGGUCUCCUGUGCUUCUUGAACUUCCCCUCUCUGGAGAAAGACAUAAAGGAACAGGUCACAAACUACCUGUUGCUCUCUAGCGUAUCUGUUCGGUCGCUCUGGGCCCUAACAGAACGUCUGUGCGGUAGUGCUAAGUAUAAACCAGUCGUUCUGACCUCACCUGAGCUCCUAGAGCUCCUGGGAUUUGGUGUAGCAAGCAUCAGCUUGGUUUUCCACAAAUCACUAGCCAUGAUUGCUCUGACUUUUGCUUUAAUGGCCCUUAUUGUGGACCUUCGCAUGAAGUCGCCCUUGGCUCUCCCUAAUCUUGCCUCCUUUGCUGUAAUCACCGCCAUUACCUUCUUUCAGUCCUUGGAGAUCCAAACAAACCCAUUCGUGCUCAGCUGCUUCCUGGGACGGCUUAUAUGCGAGCCCCUUCUAGACGUCUACUUCAGCAGCUUGUCGGCGACAGAACGCUGCAAGCAGUUUCUCUCGGCUGGCCGCCUGUGGAGGAUAUUUUCUCUGUUUCCGCUGGCAUUCGUUGAGCUGGCGUUCUUUGUGCUCUGUGCCCUGAAGCUGGGUAACAUGAAAGCCUGGUACCUGGUCAUCCCUGGCUUCUGCGUCUUUGGCCUCUUGUGGAUCCUGUGCCACAUGGUGUUCCUUGUAACACUAUGGUGCUUCCACACCAAGCUGAGCGAGUGUCAGAAGUUGUGGGCGACCCAGCGCUCACAAACGCUCAAUUUGGACAGGAUCAUGGCCUCCAGGGGCAUGCGUCAUUUCUGCCUCAUCUCCGAACGGCUGGUGCUCUUCUGCCUGAUGUCCACUGUCAUACUAGGGGCUGUUUCAUGGCAGGUCACUUCUGGACUCUUCAUGAGUGUGUUUUUAGUGGUACUGCCACUGGAGUCUCUGGCUCAUGGACUCUUCCAUGAACUGGGCAGCUGCUUGGGAGGCACCUGCGUUGGGUAUGCGGUGGUAAUUCCCACUUACUACAGCAGUGCGGAUGGCCAGCCAUUGCUGUUGCCUCCAGGGCAAGUCCAGGAAUUGCACUCCACAGCUACUCUGAAUGCUGUGCAGCGACUCUUCUCCCACCACCUCAUCCAGACCUUCGGAUGUGAUUACACCACCAGUCUAAGCCUGGACACCCUGCAGGGCAAACUGCGCUCCUUUCUGGAGCUCUGCACCGCCGAAGGCCCGCGGCACGACACUUACAUCCUAUACUACAGCGGCCACACGCUUCCCAGCGGAGACUGGACUUUGGCAGGUGGCGAUUACUUGCGUCUGCAGCAGAUCCUUGAUAUGUGGAGAGAAAGGAACAGUGGCCUCUCCUCCCGCCUCAUCCUGGUCCUGGACACUGAGAAUUCAGCGCCGUGGGUGAAGGCGGUGCAGAAGGUGGAAGGGAUGUAUGUUGCGGUACAGGGAGCCAAGAUGAGCCCUGUCCAGGAUGCCGAAGCCCAAGAAGCCCCCCGUCUGGGAGACUUCACCUCUGAGUGGGUGAAAUAUAACUGCGAUCCUGACAGUGGCGUGCAGUGGUCAGAGAGGGGUCGGGUCAUCUCGGCAAUAUAUGGCGUGUCCAAACCCUGGAGUGACUACGCCCUCCACCUGCCCACCGGGAGCGAUGUGGCCAAGCACUGGAAAACACACUUCCCCAAGACCACGUACCCACUUGUGGCUGUAGCCAACUGGUGCUGCGGACUCAACCUCCUGUGGCUGUGUAGUGUGUGUUUGCGCUGCGUCAGGAGACUGAAACUCUCUUGGUUCCCUCCCAGCAUACUGGACACGGGGCAGGGGAUCAAACUAGUCCGAUCAUAGGAACAGGAUUGAGCACCAUUGUCAAAUGAUGACUUCUUCUGUUUAUCUGUUCCCUAUAUACACAAUAUAGCCACUGUCUCAUAUCAUAUGAAUCUGUGCUCUUUCACAAUAUCGAGACUGUCAGUGUCAAGUGCCUUGUGUUAAUUUAUUAGGUUUUAAGUGGAUUUUCUCUGGAUGUUGGUGAAAUACGUGUAUUGCAAUGAAUUCAGUCUCAGGCAAAGUUAAACAUGAAAUAUCAAUUUGUGUUUUUAGAAGGUUGUUACUUAUUUUGUUUUUUGCCAAGAAGUAAAGCAGGUCUGGUUGAGUUGUUCCUCAAGACCUCUUCAACAGCCAAUGUUUAAUCAUGCCAUAAUGUAUUUUGUAUUUUCAGUGGGGUUUUUGUUUUCAAGAGUUGACCUUUAUUCAUUCUUUAUCAACAGACCAGCAUCCUUUAAUAAAGACUUGUUUAAAAUAA